AUGUAUUACUUUUUUACUUUCUUUUAAUUUACUAUGCUCUAGGAAAUGUAAAACAUGCAAAUUAUUGUUCUUAUCAGAGGAUUUCUAUUGCUUUACUCCUGUCCAGCUAUAAUAAUUGAAGUAGUUGUUUUAAUUAUGUAAUCUAAUAGUAUGACUACAAAUAUUAAUAUGAUGGAAUAAAAUGGAUUAAUAGAGAAAUAAAUAAUAUAUUAAUAAUAAAUCAACAAUUUUUUAUAGGAUGAAAACAAAAUAAAUUUAAUGUUAAUAAUCAUUUAACAUUAAAUAUAUGGAUUCAUGAUUUAUAAUUUUUUUGGAUUAUUAUUUGAUUACUAAACAAUAAUGAUUUUAAAUUUAAACUAUAGAUCUCCAUUUUCAUUUAUAUUACUCCAAAAUAAACUUUAAUUAAUAGAAUUUCUGAUGAAGAAUAAUAACCAAAAAAAGAUGAAGAAAAAUUUUAAGAAAUUAAAUCUUUCAAAAUAAUAAUCAAAUUUAAAAUUCGAUAACAAUAAUAAGCUAUUGAUAAACAACUCUUAAUUAUUUUUGUAAAAAGAUAACUAGUCAAUAAAUGUUUGA